CUAAAUAAGGAAGAAUUACCUACGUUGUGAUACGACUUCAUUAUCUUGGUUACAAAAAUGGUUUUCAAGAUCGCGAUCAUUGGCAUCAUUUUCUUUUUUUCCUUUUUGGCUAACUAUGCCCAUGCUGGUGAAGCAAACUGCACUACUGCAAAGAAAUGUGAUGACUGUCUCAAGUACAAUGAAACAACUUGCUUUUGGUGUUCAUCAUCAAGUACCUGCAUAAAGAAAGAUGGUGUUUUACCAAAAGGAUGCGGUGUAAAUUGGCGUUAUUAUGGAAACUGUAAUGUUCCAGGAUAUGUUUGGGUCAUUGUUCUACCAGUCUUGGGUGUUGUUGUACUUAUUUCUAUUGGAUGCUGUUUCUACUGUUACUGUUGUCGAUGUAGAUUGAGUAAAGGAAGUUCAAUGAACGAAGAAACAAGAUUUCAACGUAAAAGAAUGGAACUUAAACAGAAACACGAAGAAAGAAAAGCGCAGAGGAAAAUAAAAAAUGAUGAAAUAAGAAACAAAUAUGGUUUGAACAAAAGUGAUGGAAGUGGUUCUUCAGGCAGAUAUCACCAGUUUGAGAAUGAUCCUUCUGUUUGAUGAAAUCAAGAAUGUCAAUAUUUUUGAAAUUUUCAACACAUAUCUCUUUUUGCCAUAUAAAUGUUCGUAAUUUUAAUGUAUCAUAUUACUGCUUUGACAAUGUGGCUUUCUAUUAUUCCUUCAUCAAAGCAUAAGAGCUUAUGUUUGUACGCCAUGUUACGUAUGUUCAGCUAGUGAAUUUCACUCGAUUUGCACGUAAUUUAUUUGCAGAAACAUUAACAGUAAUUUUCUGAUCUAGCUCGUUUUUGGCUUUUUCCAUAAGCUCAUUGUUUUAUUUACUAUCCACCUCAACAUUGUUAUUUCUAAAACGUUCGCACAUUGUGGUCAAGAAAGUCAAUGAAAAGAAUUGUAUUAUUUUGGUCUGCAAUGCACAAUUUGAAUUUGAAUUCAUGAA